UCCUCAUUCCGAACCAUGGCCACUUUGAGUGCCCAGCGUGAUGAUGACAUCCUGAGUGAUGUUGUCCCGAGCAAUAUUGUUUCGCGUCAGGAAACACCUGGAGAAGGUGUCGAAAGCGAGUACGCCGAAGAUGUGCAGGAGGAAGAUGAGUUGAUCAGCGAAGCUGAGGACGACGGUCCAUCAUCGUCACAAGCAAACAAAUCUAAGGAUAUUGCCGACCGCCAACAGAAGAAGCAGAAACGAAAGGCCGCGGAGGGCAAGCUUCAAGAGAAACGGCACGAGAUGGAUAAAGUAAAGAUGGCGGAUGCGAUCAAGCGCUACUCGUAUCUCCUGGGUCAAACAGACUUAUUCCGUCAUUUCGUCGAUAUGAAGAGAGCUCGUGAUCCUGAGUAUGCAGCGCUGAUGGAUGCGCAGCCAAAGCCGAAAGGCAGAGGGAGGAAGAAGGCUAUAGACAAGAACGCGCGCCAUCGAAAAUCGGAAAAGGAAGAAGACGAGGAAAUGCUUAAGGAUGGAGAAAUGGCUGCGGACGGCAAAGAUCAGCCAUAUGUGUUUGAGGAGUCGCCCAGUUUCAUUAGCGGGUUGAUGAGGUCCUACCAGCUGCAAGGCCUCAACUGGAUGGUCUCUCUACAUCACAACGGUCUGAACGGUAUCCUCGCUGAUGAAAUGGGUCUUGGAAAAACCCUCCAAACGAUCUCGUUUCUUGCUUACUUGAAGCAUCAGACGGAUACACCCGGGCCACACCUUAUUGUUGUUCCAAAAUCCACUCUCCAAAAUUGGGCCCGAGAAUUCCAGCAAUGGGCCCCGGACUUCAGCGUCGUCGUCCUCUCCGGCAGCAAAGAGGAGCGCGCAGAAAUCAUUGCCAACCGCCUGAUUCCCCAAGACUUUCAAGUCUGUGUCACAUCCUACGAAAUAUGCCUCAUCGAGAAGAGCGCACUCAAGAAAUUUAGCUUCGAAUACAUCGUCAUCGACGAGGCGCAUCGAAUCAAGAACGUUGACUCGCUUCUUUCGCAGAUCGUUCGCGCGUUUUUGUCUCGGGGAAGGCUGUUGAUCACAGGCACACCGUUACAGAACAACCUCAAAGAGCUGUUUGCUCUGUUGAACUUCAUUUGUCCCGAGAUCUUCUCAGAUUAUAGCGACUUGGAGAGUUUCCUCCACAAGGACGAUUCGAACGUCACGGACGACGAGGAGAAGAGCAAGAAAGUCGUUGAGGCGCUACACAAAAUUCUACGGCCGUUCUUGUUGCGGAGGGUGAAGAGUGACGUCGAGAAGAACCUUUUGCCUAAGAAGGAGAUCAAUAUCUACGUUGGCCUGACAGAGAUGCAACGGAAGUGGUAUCGCUCCGUCCUGGAGAAGGACAUUGACGCCGUAAACGGUUUGACGGGUAAAAAGGAGGGGAAGACGAGAUUGAUGAAUAUGGUCAUGCAAUUACGAAAGGUCACAUGCCACCCGUACCUUUUCGAUGGCGCGGAACCUGGCCCUCCGUACACAACUGACGAGCAUUUGAUCAAUAACAGCGGGAAAAUGAUCAUCUUGGACAAGUUGCUCCAGUCCAUGCACGAGAAAGGCUCUCGCGUUCUCAUCUUCAGUCAAAUGAGUCGAGUGUUGGACAUCCUUGAGGACUAUUGUCUUUUCCGGGGAUUCAAAUAUUGCCGUAUCGAUGGAAGCACUGCCCAUGAAGAUCGUAUUGCUGCGAUCGACGAUUACAACAAACCCGGCAGCGAGAAGUUCAUUUUCCUGCUCACGACUCGUGCCGGAGGUCUGGGCAUCAACUUGACGACCGCUGAUAUCGUUGUGUUGUACGACAGCGACUGGAAUCCGCAAGCUGACCUUCAAGCAAUGGAUCGUGCCCACCGUAUCGGUCAGACAAAACAAGUCUACGUUUUCCGGUUUGUCACCGAGGAAACCGUCGAGGAACGUAUGCUUGAGAGGGCUGCGCAGAAGUUGCGUCUAGAUCAGUUGGUCAUCCAGCAGGGGCGCCAGCAACAGAGCAAAGCUGCGAAUAAGGAGGAGCUCUUAGAAAUGAUUACGCACGGCGCUGAGAAAUUAGUGAAUUCCAACAACUCUUUCAUUAUCGACGGAGAUAUUGACGAGAUCAUACACCGGGGCGAAGAGCGUACGGCUGAGCUCAACAGCAAGUACGAGGGUCUCAACCUCGAGGAUCUCAGCAACUUCAAAUCUGAGAACACGGUCCAGCAGUGGGAUGGGGAGGAUUUCCGAACAGGACAACGGAAGUCUUUGAACUUGAACAUGUUGUCGCUGUCGAAGAGGGAGCGCAAGCUCAACUACUCCGUGGACAGCUACUUCAAGGAGACCAUGCGCGCUGGACCGUCUAAAACAGAGAAGGGCCCUAAAGUCCCGAGGGCGCCGAAGCAGAUUCAAAUACAGGAUUUCCAGUUCUUCCCUCCUCGUCUUGCGGAACUCCAGGAGCAAGAGCUGGCCGCUCAUAAGAGGUUGAACGACAUUCCUGCCACAACGCGGGAGGCCGGGCCAGACGAUACUCCCGAGUCGUUGGAGGCAGAGCGGCAGGCCGCGCAGGAGUUCAUCGACAACGCGGAAUCUCUGACGGAAGAAGAGCUGGCGGAGAAGUGGCAGUUGAUCCAGGAGGGUUUCGAAGACUGGAGCCGGCGCGACUUCCAACAAUUUGUUCGCGCGUUGGAAACCCAUGGAUGGACGAACGACUUUGAGCUGCUGGCGUCCGAGAUCCAAGAUAAGACCGCCGACGACGUCGCGAUAUACUACCCCGUCUUCAAGAAGAAGUGGAAGGAGCUGUCCGAAUACCCGCGCAUCGCCGCACGCAUCAGCGAGGGCGAAGUGAAGCGCACGAAGCGCUCGAACCUCGAGCUCCUCCUCUACAAGAAGAUCGAGUCGGUCAACUACCCGAUGCAGGAGCUCGAGCUCAACUACCCGACGACGAAGGGCAAGGUGUACAGCGAGGAGGAGGACCGCUACCUCCUCUGCCGGCUGAACCACUACGGCAUGCGCGCCGACGACGUCUACGAGCGCAUCAAGCGCGACAUCACCGAGUUCCCCGUCUUCCGCUUCGAUUGGUUCUUCAAGAGCCGCUCGCCGCAGGAGCUGCAGCGCCGGUGCAACACGCUGCUCGGCAUGAUCGAGAAGGAGGCAGAGGUCAAGCAGGAGGAGAUGAAGAAGGGCAGCGCCUCGCGCGGCAAGAAACGUAGCAUCGAUGAAGUCCAGAAAUCAGAAAAGGCGUCGCGGUCGUCGACGCCUGCGAGCUCAAUGGUCACCACAGCCGCCAAGCGGCCAUACAAGAAAAAGAGAGCAUAGAUUACUUUCCGUUGUUAUAGUUUUGUUUCCGCCGUCGCGUGUCUCUUAGACCCUGUUUGUAUACGUGUUAGAAGUUGUGAUUUUAUCUCUUGUUUUUCAAUUUAUGCAUCUUCGAGGUCGAUUGUGUC